UUUAUAAUGAGUCGCCUUCUUCUCUCGCCUCCACUAGUUCCUCUGACUUUCGAGUUCGUCGCUUCCUGCGACUUUCAACAGACGAGGUAAUACAGUCUCAUAAAAGAUGCAGAACGAGGAGGGACAGAUCACCGAGCUUUACAUUCCAAGAAAAUGCUCCGCAACAAACAGACUGAUCACUGCUAAGGAUCAUGCCUCUGUUCAGAUUAACAUUGGCCAUUUGGAUGAAAACGGUAUCUAUAGUGGCCACUUUUCUACAUUUGCCCUAUGUGGUUUCAUCCGUGCACAGGGAGAUGCUGACAGUGCAUUAGAUCGAUUGUGGCAGAAGAAGAAAGCCGAAGUGAAGCAACAGUAGAAGAGGAAGCUAGGAUUAUCAGUUAUAAAAACUGAAGAACUAAAGUUGAGAGUUGAUAUGUUUUUUAGCUAUGAAUGUGCUGGCACUUGUUUUAUUCCUGCGCUACCUUCUAAGAAAAGUUGCCUUUUGACUUGUUAAUUCUUGACGGAUUUUUGGGCGCUUCUCUAAUUUUUCAUCUUCCCUAGUGUGGUCUUGUUUAUGGUUGUACGGAAAAAUACAAUAUUUUUCGACUCACGAAACAAAGCAAGCUUAACCAUUUAGUUGGUUUAGCAGAAA